AUGGAUAUCCUUGAAGGUGUACAACGGCGUGCUACAAAGGCUGUUCAUGGCCUCAAAAACUUCACGUACGAGCAGCGCCUGACGGCCUUGAACCUCUAUCCCCUUUACUACAGGCAGGACAGAGGUGACCUCAUAGCAACGUUCCAGUCGGUAAAAGGACUUAAUCUGGAUGUCGACUGGGAAACGUUUUUUGAAAUGGCACCCAAGUCCAAUCUCAGACGACAUGAUUACCAGCUUAAAAAGGAACUGUGCCACACAAAUCAACGUUCUUCCUUUUUCUCACAGAGGGUCAUUCGCCAAUGGAACUCUUUGCCGGAGUUUGUUGUUAAUUCCCCUACCGUGAACGUGUUUAAGAGACAACUGGAUGCUUACCUGCUGAAAGGCAACCCGAACUGCCGAAGCCUGAUCUAGCGGAUUACUGAAAUGAUUAUAACAAGAUUUCAACAGAUCCUAUUUUGUGCUCCAAACUUAGCCCAUAUUGAAAUUUUCACAGUCCGAAUGAGGAGAACAAAGUUUUUCGCAAUUAUUUCGCGAAUAUAAUACCCCUUUCGCCUUUAUGUUACAUUAUUAGAUUUAUGAAUUCUCCUUACUAAAACUACAAGCUUUGCAAUUUAACUAUUUUCCCUUAUACCUGUACCCUCUAAAUGGAGUUUUCAGGGCUUCUGUCGUUUACUCCAAAUAUACUAACUGAUACUGACUGAAUACCAACUGGGGGAUGUGGGUGCCGGCUACAUCUUCUUCUGGAAGAACAACGCGACGCGACCGCCGUCUUUGUCAUCCGGAAUGACAUACUAGGGCCGUCGACCUGUCUGCUGCAGGGCAUCGCAACUGACUGAUGACCCUGCGCUUUCCUUUUCGGUAAGCCAAAUUCCCCACCACCCUCAAUACCUACACCCGCCUAUCACCAAUUCCAACGAGGAACUGUACAUACUCCUGACGACUGUGCUGAAGGUAGACAAGCCGGUCGCCCUUGUUUAUUUAAACGCUCGCGUCGAUACUGACUACGCCGCCUGGAGAAGAGUGCUGGAUCCCCAUGGAAUCAGCUGCUGCAAAGACAGUGGUCUCAUUCUUCCACGAACCUGCGCAGAACGCAGUCUACUCCUCCUCCUCCUCCUCCUCCUCCUCCUCCUGACCAACACCUUAUUUCCGUCUUCAGAUGCGAAAAAAGCAAACUGGAUGCAAUCCCGAUCGCGGCACUGCUAGCUGCUGGACUACUUUCUCGUUCGGAGGCGAUAUCGACAGGACGUCCUAGUGACUAGGGCUAUUUGCGACGCUGACUGCCAGACAGAUCACUGCGUCGUCAGCUUCCAGAUGAGGGUCUUACUGCAACCCCGGUAGAGACAACAAGGUAAGUGAUCACCAGGUAAGUUAAAUGGUGUCCUGCUGAAUUUGUACGCUGGCCGCUAACCGCAAUCAGUAAGGUCAGCACCUGGAAAAACUGCCCACGGUGGACUACAACGCCACCGUGGAAAAUCGCUGCUGUUAACAGAGGAACUCUGUUCACUCGACUGACUUGGACGUCUUUGGAUGCGCUCGUCGUCAACAUCGGAGCUGGUUCGACGACAAUGUUGCAGGCAUUCGCAGACUGCUUGUCGAAACACACAAGCUGCAUGAGAUCUACUUGAACCAUCGGACGGCGCCAAAUAGCGGCCUUCAUUCGCCACCUUGCGCAGUAGCGACUGAGGAAGAUGUAGGUCGCCCGGAUAACUCACAAGACCGAGGAAAUUCAUGGGCAUGCUGACCGCAACGAAACGAAGAACCACUUCGCUGGGAUCGAGGAAAAUUAUGGUUCCACGGCUAAAGGAACCGCUCAGAUUCUCAACACCGCACUUUAAACCAAAAAGUUGCAGAUUCUGACGCGCUGAGCCGAGCAGUUCAGAAGUGCCCUCAAUCACCCAUUAACCACUUCCGCCUCCGCCUCCAUCAUCGAUGGACUCUCCAAAUGAAAAUUAGCAUCUAUUUGGAUCACCCACCCUCUCAUCUAGAAGCCAUCCGCACCGUGCAUCAACUCUUCGGCGGGAAAGCUCUGGGCUCCGAUACCAGCCACCGACUGAUGGGUCACUUCCUAGCCCUCGUUCAGGAGAUGUGGCGCCGCGUCCAGCUCCUCAAACGGAAAAGGAACCGGCAUAGAGGGCAUCUCGUUGCCCAGCAUCUACAGGAACAUCUUCACUUGCAUCCUACUCAACCGUCUCAACGGCCAUCUCGAACGAAGACUUCUCCCGCGAGGCCAGUAUGGCUUCCGACACCACCGCCAAAUCACUGACAUGACCUUCCUCGCCCGCCACUAGGAAGAAAAAUGCUGUAAAAUGCGGACCCAUCUCCAUGUUGCCUUCGUGGACCUGACAAAAACCAUCGAUACCCCUAAGCGCAAUGGAUCUAGGAAAAGCAGGCCAAACUCCGACUUCUGUGAAUUAUUCGCAAACAAUUUCGUCAGCUAGGCGACGUGAUGAUGGCGCAUCACGGACAGCGGGACUGCCUCAGAAGCAUUUGCAGAAAGCAGGUCUGCGUACUCGCCACCUUCCUCUCAAUCCAGUCAUGUUGAUUGACGCCUACCGUGAUAGACACACGGAAUAAUCACUGCCCGCAAGACUGACAACAGUCUUCUCACCAACCGGCUCAUGCAGGCCUCAAGCAGGCAGAAGCAGGCAUGCAGCGGAGCAUGAGCAUGUUCGCCGCCGAGUGUACCAACUUUGGGCUGACCAUCAGCAGGGACAAAAUGGUGGUCAUGCAUCAACUACCGCCCAACUCUGCGUACGGGUUUCCUCGCAUUCACGUCAACAGUACCGAACUGAAAACCAUUGCCAACAUUGCCCACGUGUACACGUUGCACGAAUUCGAAAAAUGGCCCAGCGGAUCUCUAAAGCUAGCCAGGCAUCCGGCAGGCUGAAAAACGAAGUAUGGGAUCGCCAUGCUCUCCACCUCAGUGUUGAAAUCAAGAUGUACAAAGCUGUCAUGACGCUGUCCUGGGGGGCGGAGAUCUAGAAAGGCAAGAGGAAACAAGCGCGUAAACUCAGUCACUUCCACCUCAGAUGGCUGAGUUGGCAAGACAAAGUCCUGGAAAUGGAAGUUUUAGGAACCUUCGGCAUUUACGUCAUGCGGAGGCAACUGGAGCUGCGAUAGAGCAGUCAUCUCGUGAGGGUGGACGAUGAGUGACUGACAAAAUACCUCUUCCAGGGAGUCCUUGCUACGGGUGCUUCUCGCGAAGGAGAUGUAACCUGCCGCUAAAAAGACACCCUAAAGAACUCCUUGAGGUUCUUACCAAUCAGCCGUAGAAUACAUAGCAUAUGAGCGACAGGGCUGGAGAAGAUCAGUGUAGAGUGGAGCAGUAAUAUGUGAAGUCAAUCGGCUCACAGCGGGGAAAAUAAAAUCGGAAGUUCGCAGGUGUGAGGAGCUCCUGACAGUAACACCAACACUUAACCCCUCUGUCAAAAUGCCUAGGCUGUCAGUGAGCAUUUUGCUCUCGAAUUGGUCUCGUCGGUCAGUCUUCGGACCCAGUGCACCAACCGCCCGAAAAUCCCUCACUCCUGUCGUCCCUGCCUCAGGUCCCACAACGGCUUCCCUCACAACCGGCGCUCAGCAUCCUAACGCCCCGCCGACGUCGCUCGCCGCAAACUCCAUUAUCCCUACCACAACUUCCGCGGCGACGGCGGCCACCACCUUCCCCAUCUCCGCUACCGCUGAAAUAGCUAUCGCUGGCCACCAAACAUCACCACUACCAUCACCGCCGCCGCCGUCGCCACCACCUCCAGCGAAAUGGACCCGGUCCUAA